AUGCCACUAUCCGAUCACUCAGGUACGGAUUACGUCGCUGUUCAAGACGCGAGUCCUAGUAUUGACAUGUACGGCUCGACUUCAAACAUUCUGGUCCUACCCGAUGUCUCUAAGCAGGACACGCAUGCUGAUGUUGCAGCAUUGCGUGCUAGCUUCGCCACGGGCGCCACAAAAGACCUUAAGAUGCGCAAGUCGCUGCUACGAGCGCUUCAGCGGCUCUUGAAUGAAAAUGAGGCACUCAUUAAUGACGCCGUUUGGAAAGAUCUACAUAAGCAUCCAGCCGAGAUGUCUGCCAUGGAAACUGCGCUUCUUUUAGCUGAAAUCCAACUUUUUAUUGACUACAUUGACGAUUGGUCCAAGCCUAAGCUCAAGCCUACUAAUAUCGUAAACUUACCAGGCUUAUCGUAUGCUCGACCCGAACCGCUGGGAGUCGUCUGCAUCAUAGGCGCGUGGAACUACCCGGUGCAUUUGUUGCUGAUGCCACUGAUAGCCGCUUUAGGAGCCGGUAAUUGCGCCAUCGUACGGCUUCCGGGUGACGACACAACGCGCAAUGUAAACAACGUGCUGCUUCAGUUAUUUGAUAAAUAUAUAGACAAGCGCUACGUGCGUAUUGUUUACGGAGGUGUUGAGGAGACUAAAAAGAUGCUACAAGAACGAUACGACUUAAUUUUCGCCACCGGUGGCACUUUUAUGGGCAAGAUUGUGGCUCAAGCUGCGGCGCUGCACUUGACGCCUAUAGUCCUGGAGCUAGGAGGAAAGUCUCCAUGUAUAAUUGACAACACGGCGGAUUUGAAGCUGGCUGCAAAGCGUGUUGCUUGGGGGUCCUUUAUCAAUGCAGGACAAACAUGCGUUCGUCCUGACUAUUUACUAGUGGACGCCAAAGUGGGCGAUGAGUUUAUAAAAUUGUUAAAAGUAGAAUUAGAUGCGCAGUUUGGAGGUCCAAAUGUGAAGGAGUCAGACAGCUUUGGUCGUGUGGUCAAUCAGCGCAUGUACGAUCGUCUUGUGCGUAUCUUGGACAAAGAUCAGAAGCAUGUGAUAUAUGGAGGCGACACUGACGCCAAGCAGCUUUUUAUUUCUCCGACACUUUUCAACUUUCGCUCUGAUUUCGACUCAUUUGUGUCCAGUGCGUCGAUGGAGGCUGAAAACUUUGGCCCAUUACUGCCAAUUUACUACUAUGCUUCUGGUAAUUUGGACGAGCCCAUCAAAUUUGUUACGUCACGGGAGAAACCGCUUGCUCUGUAUUAUUUUAGCUCUAAAUCCAAGAACAAGGAGCGCGUAGUGAACGAGACGUCAUCUGGUAGUAUGAUGGUAAAUGACAUGCUCACACAGCUAUCAAAUCCAGACGUUCCAUUCGGAGGCGUUGGUUGUUCAGGCAUGGGGGCGUAUCACGGUCACUACGGCUUUCAGGCCUUUUCGCACUUAAAGACUGUGAUAUAUAAGAAUGGGCUGCUUGAUUUGCCUCAACGCUACCCACCUUACACUCCGUCAAAGCAAUAUGUUCUGAGUAUGGCUUUGUAUCCAUUUUCACGGCUGCAGAUGCGGCUUGUAAAGGCAAUUGCUUUCGCUGUGGUGCUUGCCGUAAUCGCAAUCAUCAUUAAAAAUGUUUCUUAA